AUGGAAACACAAUCGCCGACCCCUCUCCUCCAGUCCGAUCAAACCAAUCGUAAAGAGAAGUUCAAGAGCGUUUUGGAUCAGACAGGGAAGUGGUUCUUCAGAAGCUACCGUGAUGGAGCUGGCAUCGUUGAGCUUAUGGAUCAACUCUGUCCUCUUCCUUACUUGGCCCUCCAGGUGCCUCUGCUUGAGUCAGAGUUUAGAGUUUGCAAAGAGUGUACUAUAGGUGAACACAGACCUGUUGUUUUCUUAUGCGAGGAAGAUGAGAACGAUUCCAUCUCCACAGUGGCUUAA